GCGCUUUGAGGCGAUCUGUCACGGCGCUGUAUAAGAAAUAAAGAUCGAUUGGUUGAUUAAAUGGAAUCAUAUUAAAAACAUAGGAACUAAUGUUCAAGUAGAACCUAAAACAACACGCCCUGUUGUACACGUACCGGUGUUGCGACCGGAUUCCACCCCCAACGGUUAUAAACAAAAUAUGAUUUCGUUUGACCACUAAAACCCUCAAACGAGUUUAUUUAUUUAAUAAACUAGCACGCCAAUUUAUCGCGUUGAAAGGUAGGAAGGAAGGCUGUUACCGAAUAUUACUUUUGUUUGUAGGUCUGUUGUCCUGCGUUUUUGUUUUCCCUUCUUGUACUCGGUGGUAAGAUGUUGCUCCUUACAUCUGUCUGCUGGUCCUGGUUGCGGGGAUCCCGUUUUCUCAAAUGUCAAGCAAAGAAACUGACCUCCGUGCGGAAUGUGAUUUAUAAUCAAGGACAGAGUCCAGAACCGAGGAUUAGAGAGUAUUUCUACUACAUCGACCACCAGGGGCAGCUGUUCCUUGAUGAUUCCAAAGUGAAGAACUUCAUCAGCUGUUUCAAAGAUAAGCAGUUCCUUGUGUUCUUCUUCUCCCGUCUUCGGAGGAACGAGAGUGGCCGCUACCAGGACUCCUUUCCCUUCCUGUCACUGUGUGGACGAGAGCGGAACUUCGUGCGCUGCGAUGACCGGCCAGUGGUGUUCACUCAGCUCCUGGGGGGAGCAGGAGGGGGAGGGGGUCCAGAGCUGCUGUCGUACUGUGGAGGCGCCGAGCGUCUGGUCGUGCCCUUCUGCCCCACUGCCCUCUACAUGCACCCGGGGAACGGGCGUCUCUACCACCCCUGCGUGGAGCGCAGCGGCUCCGUGGGGUUGGUCCGUUCCGCCCUCGCCAUUGAGCUCAGCUGUCGAUUCGAGUACCGGCCCGGGCAGGAAAACAUCGGCCAGCCCACACACUUCAUCUGGGCAGGGAGCCGGCACCAGCUGACCAAUGAGCUGGCCAGGUUCUUCAGAGAGCCGGGGACACAGCAGGAGGGACAGGGUGAGGGGGCCAGCUGAGAGUCACCAAACUCCACAGAUAGGACAUGGUGAAAUCAGAGAGCAAGAACUGGCUCCCACAGCCCACCCUUGUAUCUCUAAUCCACUGACUACACUGCAUUAGUACUCAAUUACUAACCCACUUUCACUAUUUAAAGUGAUUGUAGCUGACAAAAUAAUUCCAUACAUUUUCCUUAGAAACUGCACAUUUGAGACCUGCAGUACAUAGUCAAUGGAAUUGUAUGACAGGUAAGAUUUAUUGUCUUAGCUGUUUGGUGCAACCAUUUAACAUGGCAGGUAGAAAAGAAUAUCAUAUGAAGUGCUGGCCAGAAAAUCAGCCAUGUAUCUCACACAGCACCCUAUACUACAUAUGUUUUAAUAAUAUAUAGUUAAAUAAUAAUAAUUAAGAAGUAUACAGUAGCUAAUCUUAAUGUUUUAUCAUUUCAUCAGAUAUAAAUAAAUACAACUGGACACUUCUCUCAUUGUUUUUUGUAGUCAGCCUUUCUGUUAUCACAUUAUAGAAAAGAUGACCCUAAUUGACAACACCUGUUCUAAAACCACUGCUUACUGAAGAAACACUUCAGGCCCUGCUGUCAAAAAGUUAACUUGUUCGGUGGACUGCAGUGAUUAUUUCAAAUACACGGCGGUAAAUAUAAGACGCUUUAAAAAGCUAUAGUUUAAUAGUGAUAAUGGCAUUGCUGUGUUUCUCUAUAAUGAAACUUCUUCAUUCAAAUAAUGUCCUUGACCUCCGUUGUUGGGCUUUAUUGAAUCAGGAGUUCCAUUAUUGCCUUGUAGCACAGCACAGCAGUGCUGUUGUCCCUUAAAUAUGUUCCUUGUUCUCUCUGGAAGGGAGAAUUAAAAGCAUGAAAAAUGAUAUGAAAAUUGUGAAAGUUUUUGGGUGCUUGUCAAGCUUUCAAAUUGUGUGUGCUGUGUGAUUAAAGGGAAUAUUGGGAGAUUCAAGAAAGGUACAAAUGUAUUUGUAACUUUUUUAGAAAAGGACAAACCCCGAGUCUGGUUUCUCUGCUUGGCUCAAUGGCUCGACUCAUAGACAUGAAGGACAGGCUGGGGACAAAACAUCAUCUGAAAAUAAAACAUGCUUCUUGAUUUUGUUUGAUGGUCUGUGCCUGGUUCUUGACCAACCUUUUGAAUUUUGCAAUAAUAGAGGCUAUUGAUGUGAGCCAGGUGCCUUAUUAUGAAUAGAAACCUUGACUAUGGAAUUGGAUUGCCCUUUGCCAGGUAUUUACUUUGCAGUGGUUUGUUAGUGUUAAAAUAUGCAAAAUGUGUUUUUACAGCUUCUGUUCAAACACCUGCACUUAUUAAAGCAUUCUGAAUGAGA